AUGGCCUCAUCCGGUGCCGAAACCGUGACGAAGGCGUCCAAGCGCAAGUCCACCGCCGCGCCCGCUGCAGAUGGCGCCGCCGCCGGUAAGCUGAAGACCGACGCGCCGUCCGCCGAGAAAGACUUCUUCUGGACCUACACCGAGGAGCCGCACCGAACCCGCCGCCUUGCCAUCAUCAAGGCUCACCCCGAGGUCACGAAGCUCUGCGGGCCGGAGCCCCUGACAAAGUACGUCGUCGCCGGCGUCGUCGCGAUGCAGAUCUUUUGGGCCUGGUACCUCAGCGAGACGCCCUUCUUCUCCUGGAAGUUCUGGCUCGUCGGCUACAUCUUUGGCGCCACCGCCAACCAGAACCUUUUCCUCGCCAUCCACGAAAUUUCCCACAACCUCGCCUUCCGCUCCCCACUUGCCAACCGCCUCUUUGCCAUUGUCGCCAACCUUCCCAUCGGCGUCCCCUACAGCGCCUCCUUCCGCCCCUAUCACCUCACCCACCACAAGUCCCUCGGCGUCGACGGCGUCGACACCGACCUCCCCACCGCAAUCGAGGUCGUCUUCUUUGACUCCAUCCUUGGUAAGGCCUUCUUCUGCACCUUCCAGAUCUUUUUCUACGCCAUCCGCCCGACCCUCAUCUACAACGUCGCCUUCACCUGGGUCCACUACGUCAACAUCGCCGUCCAGCUCGCUUUCGACUUCGCUCUCUACUCCGCUUUUGGCUUCAACGCCAUCCUCUACCUCCUUCUCUCCUCCUUCCUCGCCGGCUCCCUGCACCCGGUCGCUGGCCACUUCAUCGCCGAGCACUAUGUCUAUGAGACCGUCCCCGCCGCUGCCUGCGACGCCGCCAACAAUAUCCCCGUACCCGAGACCUUCUCCUACUACGGGCCCCUUAACUUCCUUACCUACAACGUCGGCCUGCACAACGAGCACCACGACUUUCCCGCCGUCCCUUGGACUCGCCUGCCCAAGCUGCGUGAGCUCGCCAAGGAGUUCUACGACGACCUGCCCCGCCAUGAGAGCUGGACCUAUGUCAUCUGGCGCUUCAUCCUCGACGAGAACGUUGGCAUGACCUCCCGCGUCAAGAGGAAGCAGGGCGGCCGCAUUGUUGGUGGCGGCGCAAAAUGGUCACGCGAGGAGAUUGAGGCUUGA